UGCCGGGGGAAUACGACGGCGUGUAAACCAACAUGGUGCUAUACAGAGGCGAGCUGUUCAGCAAUUGGUAUUAUUUUUGCAGCUUCCCGAACAAUCAGAAGAAUUGAUACCUAUACCACAAGAUUCUUUGCAAGAUCAUAAUGCAUCUGAGAUCUCAAGCACACGUGAUUCAGCAUCAGAAGAUGAAUUAUUACUUGACGUGGAAUAUAAAUAG